GGGCGGGGCGGGACGUGGGUGCGGACGCCGGGAAUCUCCUUGAUCUUCCACUGCUUCCCCCAGAGGGGCGGAGUCUGGGCUGAUCUGGGACGGGAUUGGCUUUGGGGCUUUCUUAACGUCUAAGAAUAGAGAGAUUGACGUGGGGUUCCGCCCCUCCCCCGCCUACUUCCUACCCCCCGGCAUGUCCCUAUGUUUUCCUUUCGCCAACCUCGAGCUCUGUUCAAGUUCAGUAUUUUCAACCACAUUAACCUUGAUCAGGAAGACAACUUCCCAAGGACAGAGAAGGAACAAGACUACGAAUGGAUAAAGAGUAGGCUCUAAGGUUUUAAAAGUAUUCAGAAAGAAAAUUCUGAAAUGAAAAAAUCUUUGUUCCAGUUUUUUGGGAUUGCACAGAAACAAAGCCACAUGGAAGCCAAGCGUUCUCUUUCUUCUGGAGCACGUUCCCAGGUAACAGAGGAUGGGUUUUUGUCUGCACUGAAGAUGCUAGAUGUGGGAAAGUGGCCAAUUUUUGCCCUUUGCUCACCAGAUGAACUGAAAUUAAUUCGUCAGGCCUGUGUCUUUGGCAGUGCUGGCAAUGAAGUUUUGUAUUCUACAGAAAAUGAUGAGGUUUUUGUGCUCGGCACCAACUGUAGCGGCUGCUUGGGAACAGGGGAUAUCCUGCAUUCCAUCGAACCGCGUCGCGUUGAUCAUUUAUGUGGCAAAAAAAUAGCCUGCCUGAGCUAUGGGAGUGGUCCUCACGUCGUCAUUGCAACGGACGAAGGAGAAGUGUACACCUGGGGCCAUAAUGCUUAUAACCAGUUGGGCAAUGGGACAACUAAUCAUGGUUUAGUACCCACCCAUAUCUCUACCAAUUUAGGAAACAGGAAAGUCAUUGAAGUGGCCUGUGGAUCUCACCAUUCCUUGGUGCUGACAUCUGAUGGUGAGGUAUUUGCCUGGGGUUAUAAUAACUCUGGACAGGUUGGAUCUGGCUCCACAGCCAACCAACCUAUCCCUCGAAAAGUCACUGGCUGCUUACAGAACAAAAUUGCUACAACCAUAGCUUGUGGCCAAAUGUGCUCGAUGGCCGUGGUGGAGAGUGGUGAGGUUUAUGUGUGGGGGUACAAUGGAAAUGGGCAGCUUGGACUGGGCAGCAGUGGCAAUCAGCCAACGCCCUGCAGAAUAGCAGCUUUACAAGGCAUUCGGGUACACAAGAUUGUCUGCGGCUAUGCACAUACAUUAGUGUUAACAGAUGAAGGUCACCUCUAUGCUUGGGGAGCCAACUCUUAUGGCCAGUUGGGUACUGGCAAUAAAAGUAACCAGUCUUACCCUACUCCAGUCUCUGUGGAAAAGGACAGAGUGAUCGAGAUCGCCGCCUGCCACUCGGCGCACACCUCUGCGGCCAAGACCCAGAGCGGCCACAUCUACAUGUGGGGCCAGUGUCGGGGCCAGUCGGUGACCCUUCCUCACCUCACCCACUUCUCCUGCACGGACGAUGUGUUCGCCUGCUUCGCCACCCCCGCGGUGUCCUGGCGCCUCCUCUCUGUUGAGCCGGAUGACCACCUCACAGUAGCUCAGUCACUAAAGAAAGAGUUUGAUAACCCUGAAACUGCGGACUUGAAAUUUCUGGUGGAUGGAAAAUAUAUUUACGUGCAUAAGGUCCUUCUCAAAAUUAGGUGUGAACAUUUUCGUUCAGUGUUGAAUGGUAAUGAGGAUGACAUAGUAGAAAUGGAUGAAUUUUCAUAUCCUGUUUAUCGAGCCUUUCUGGAAUACUUGUACACAGACUGUAUCAAUCUCUCUCCAGAGGAUGCAAUAGGAUUACUAGAUCUGGCAACAUUUUACAGAGAUAACAGAUUGAAAAAGCUCUGUCAGCAAACCAUUAAGCAAGGGAUCUGUGAGGACAAUGCCAUUGCUCUGCUUUCAGCUGCUGUGAAAUACGAAGCCCAGGUUGGAGAGAGCUGAGCAUUUUCUGUAUGGAGGGGAAAGAACUUGGACAGUGGAGACACCACAUUUGGACUCCGAACACUCCAGACCCAAAGGGACAAUAUGAAGAUGUGGCAGUGACACUGUAGAAAAUAAAGAUGAGAAGAGCUGCUUAUCUAGAUCCAGUAAUCAAUUUUGGAGGUGACAUAAUUUUGAGAAGGAUAGAAUUUCAAAUUUUCCAAAAGGGAGGAGGAUACAAAAGCAUAGGAAAAAAUCUUGGAUCUCCUUAUUAUAAAAAGAACUUGAGAAUAUCUGUAAUUACCAAUUCAUAUGCUGACUUUUUUUCAUCUCCAAAAUUUUUUUGUGAGAAUAAUACAUACAGACUUUGAGGUCAUUUUUGAUGAAGGUAUGCAAAGGGAACAGGAAAUUUUUCAUAAUUUAUAUUCUAUAGCAGACCAUUUUUUUUUCCCUUGAGGCAAUUGGGGUUAAGUGACUUGCCCAGGGUCCCACAGCUAGGAAGUGGUAAGUGUAAGUCUGAGGGCAAAUUUGAAUGCAGGUCCUUGUGACUUCAGGGCUGGUGCUCUAUCCACUGUACCACUUAGCUGCCCUAACAGACCAUAUUUUUACAGUUAUGUAGUUGACUGAAAGGCAAAGAGAAUCCCAGUUUCUUUAGAACUUAUUUGUUAAUUAUGAAAAAAAAAUUGAUUUGGUAAAACAAAAAGCUGCCAUAAAGGCUCUCCUCCAUUUAGAUGCUCAUGUCAAAAUUAUGUAAGAUUUCUUAAAAUAUAUAAGAACAUAGGUUCUAUUAGAUUAUCCUCUGAUUGUUAAGUAGCAAGCAAGGCAUAAAAUGGGGUUGUAGGCUUGCCCAAGGUGUUUCUUGCUGUGAUGGAAGGUGAUUAGUUCAGGGACUAAAUUGAAAAAGGAGAUCUCUAUUGCUGUUGAGAUCUUCCAAGUGCUCCUAUUUGUAGAUGACAUUGUUCUAGUUGCAUCCAACCCCAGAACAUUGUUGGGCCUCCUCAAUGAAAAGAGGUGGUAGUAAGGAAAUGUGCAUCCAUUAAGUGCCUAAUAUGUGUCAGACACUAUGCUGAGUGCUUUUACAAAUUAAUCUCGCUGAUCCUCACAACAACCCUGUGAAGCCGGCACUAUUACUACGCCCAUUUUACAAUGUGGAAACGGAGGCAAAUAGAUUAAAUGACUAGUUCAGGGUCACGCAGCCUCUGUGGCCAGAGCCAGUUCUUCCUGGAUCUAGAGCAAACCCUCCGUGCCAACCGGCUGCUCUUACGAGAUGUACAAACACUUAAGAGUUUAGUCUAAUCAGCCACUGGGGAAAAAGCAAGGGAAUAAAGCCUGGUGGUCAGCCCAUGAAAGUGGCCCAUCAGUACUUAUACCUUGGACAGCCUCGGGAUUCUGCAGCAGGAGGAGAUCAAGAAUUACUUUGGGAAAUUUCACAGUUCUUUGAAUGAACAAGCUUAUUGCAGAAACACGUCUGUUUUCUUAAUAUUUGAAUUCUUCUGAUGAUGUUGCAUCACCAUGAUUCCUGGGAUAGCACAGUCUUUAAAGAAUCAAGGUUGAGAGUCAUCCAUUGAAUGGAUGUUGUCAGAGAAACAUUUGGCUGAAAAAAGAAGGGGCCAGUCACAAAGCAGAAGUAAGAGAGAACCACUGGUAUCCAUGUAGGGGCCUUUCGUGUAUUGAGUGGACCUUUGUAGGAGCUUAGGGGAAGAUAGGAACGAGUUACCUAAGAUGGGUGGGCCUGGUGUGUUCAGAUUCCCAGAGUUCCUACAUUGAUAAGAUCACAGGGAACCAUCAGGUUUUGUUUCUAAAUGCUCUCAUGAUUUUGCCAGACUCUUGGAACUCAUAUUUUAAAUUUAUUAACAGCAUAGUGUGUUUCAGGAACAAUAGAAAUAGGCAUUAAAUGGAGUUUUCAGUUUAUUCUAUUUGGGAUUUGGCACUUAGGCUUGGAAAAUAUUUGUUUUUUCAUUAAUUUUGGUCUGUAACACAUUUGAUUUCCCAUCUCUUUAAACAUCUAGAUUUUGCUUAAUUAUCCAUAAAGGGAAAAUGGUAGGAUAGAAAAAAAAUAGUAAAAACAAACCCAAAACACUAAGAAUAUGUAUAGUUGCCAGUUAUUUAUUUUUUUGAAGAUACCAACACAUAUUUAAUAUUACUUAAUAAGUUUAUGAUAAAAGAAUUGCAAAAUAAACCUUGUGAAAUCUUCAACAAUCAAUGUAGUCUUCUUAGAGGUUUCACUAGACUUUUUGCUGCUCAAAUAUUUAGAAAUGGCCAGAAUUGAAAGGUACCUUAGAGGUUAUUUAGUCCAGAAGUGUCAAACUCUGAGUCAAUAUGCAAACCCACUGGAAUCCAUUUCUCUUAAGAGUUUGUCACUACUGAUCAGAGCUAUCCUUCUAGUUUGAUCUCUUGACUCAGAUUUGAUGUUGGUAUUCCCAGAGACAGUGGACUUUCUGAAAGUUUGAGUGAGUGAGCCAUGCCAUUUUUCCCGCUUCAUUUCUUCCUGUCCCAUUUUCACUACUAAAAGUUCAGCCUCUGAUUCUGGUUAUUUUAUUUGCACUUUUCUGACAUAGAAUAAUUGUGUCAUAUACGUGACAGGACAAGUUUAUCCAUUGAUUCUAGGCCAAUUAGAAGUGAACCUUUUGCUCAUGUGAUCAAUUUUGACUAAUCUGCAACAGUUUUUUGAUUUUGUGAUUUUCCAUUUUUGUUGAAUAUAUAUCCCAUAUACAACCUGAGAGCAAAGUGGACAGGUUUGUAGGCAUGGUUGUUCAGCAUCAGAACAUUUUUCUUCCUGGCACCCAUUGAAUGAAUGUACUUUUUGCUCUUUAUAAAAACAUUAAAAUGUGGGUGGCAUUUAUAAGGAAAGAGAACUGGAAAUACAAUGAUUUCUAAGAGCAUUUUCUAACAGCAAUAACAAUAAUAAUUGAUAUUUAUAUUGCAUUUUCAGGUUUGCAAAACACUUCACCUACCUUAUCUUAUUUGAUCCAGUCUUAGUUGGUGACUAAGAAUGUCCUCUGAUCUAAUCCUUUCCAAAGGUUACAUUUGUUCUCUUUGUCCUCUGAAGGAAAAAAAUUCAGUUGCUGUAAGCUGCUAAGAAGAAAUCUAUAUGACACAGUCAUGUCUCAGUUUCUUCUUUUUUCUCUCUGCUACUUUCAGAAGCUGUUUACACCAAAAAUGCUGAAAGCACUAAAGGAAAUGGAAAGGGAAGGGAGGGGAAUAUCCCACUUGUAGCAAAGCAUGCCUCCUGCUUUCAUAGGCUCCAAAUAUUGGGAAGGACCACAGAGGUCUAGACGCUCAAGCAUAACUUCUUUAUAAUGUCCUCUCUUUCACUUCCUCCUUUGGAUAGAUCUGGUUGCUAGAGAAUUUCUCUUAGUUCCAUUAAAAUCUGUCUCUUGUAGUUUUUACUCAUUGCUCCUGAUAAGUCCAUUUCUCUUUCACUGGACAGACCUUUCCAUUCUUCAGAGUUCUUCAGAGUCCCCCAUGAUGGUUCUCUUCCAGGCUAAUUAUCCUUAGUUCUUUCAACAGCUCCUUAAUCAUAGGAUUUCCAGUCCCCACACUAUCCAGAUUGCCUUCCUUUGAGUGGAUUCCAAGUAGCCUUCCUAAAAUGUGUCAUCCAGAACUGAACAGAUUCCAACUGGGAUGUUAAUAAAGUUGAAUACUAUUUAACAGAAUUAUAACUGCCCUUCUUUUGAACAGUGUUUCUAACAUAACCAGAGAUUGCAUUCACUGUUUACCUGCUGUGUCACACUGUUGACUCAUUUGGAUUUUUUUUUUGUCUUAUUAAAAUCCCCAAAUUAUUUUUAUAUGAUGUGUUACAACUUUGGGGCACUUACUGAGCAGAUUCCUGACUUACAGCUAACACCUCCUGUGUGUGGUUUCCCCGAUUGCUAGGUAUGAUGCUCAAGAGCCAGAACCAUCUUACUUUUUUAUUUGUGUCAUUAGCAUUUAGCACUUAGUAAACAUUUAUUUGUUCAUUCAGUUCUCUAAUGGAAAUAGCAAUUGCUAUUCUCUGUGAUAAGUUUUUUUUUCCCCCUUUGAGGCAACUGGGGUUAAGUGACUUGCCCAGGGUCACAUAGCUAGGAAGGGUUAAGUGUCUGAGGUCAGAUUUGAACUCGGGUCCUUCUGACUUCAGGGCUGGUGCUCCAGCUGCACCACAUAGCUGUGAUAAGUUCUUUUAUAGAAAUCCAACUUUUAACCACUUCUUUCCUCUGUUAUAAAUAUAUGGGGACUUUCUUAUCAAUGGCCUCCUUGGGUCACAAGCCCUGGAAUUUUGUUGCAGCUUUUUAAGAUGGAAUGCUCACUUCCUUGGAAGGUGUCUAUCAUUUAAAUUGUAAUGACUGGGUCUUCCAUGUUACUCCAUUCUAGAAUAGUAGUUAUUCUCAUUAUGUCCUUCAUCUUUUGAAGAAUGCAAUGAUCAUUAAAGUAAGUCAGGGAUUUAUUAAUUGCGCUGCUUUUAGUUGAGGGCCCACUCCUGUGUACCUUAAGAUAAAUUUUGGUCUUUGCAUUCCCAGGCAAGGCUGCGGGGUUUAUCAAGCACUUACUAUAAACGAGGCACUUUGCUAAAUUCUGGGGAUAUAAAGACAAACAAAAAGAGAUAGUUUCUCAAGUAGUUUUUGUUGUUAUUGGGGGAAGACAACAACAAAAAGGAACUGAAAAGUGGGAGAGAAGGGGAAGAAAAAUAUGCCGCCAGCAUUAUGGUAUUAAAGUUCAGAAAGUCAGGUGUACAGAAGGGAGGGGAAUGAAGGCUGGCCACUAUAGAUCCCUCUCCAGAAUAGAAGCACCCCGUGGAACUCACUCAUGAGAGAAGGGAACUAGCUUGGCAGGUGAAUGUUUGAGGGAGGGGAGCCUCAGUGCUGAGGGAGGGUAGAACUGUAGCAGGGACAGGUGUUGAAGUCUACAGUAUCUAAAACACACCCAGGAGGGACAUGAAUGUUGGCUCACCUAGAUCUCUCUGCAAAAGGGAAGCUCCAAGAAACAUUCCUCAGUGAGAAAAAGGCAGCACAGUGCCAUGUACGUUGUUGUUGAUCAGUUGUGCAGGACUCCCACGGAUCUCUAUCCAUGGGGAUUUCUUAGCAAAGAUAUUCCUCCUCUAGUGGCAGAGGCUAAGUGACUUGGUUGUCACAAGCUAGGAAGUUUCUGACUCUGGAUUUGAACUCGGGUCUUUCUGACUCCAAGCCCAGCAUUCUAUCCUUUGUACCACCUAGAUGCCAUUGUACAUCAGAGCAGUUAAUAAAUGAUAGUUGAAUUGAAUGGAAUAUGUGAAUGCCAUGUCAUGCUUCUGUUGCCAAAUCUUAUUGGUUCUACUUGUCCUUCUUUUUAGGAACAAUAAUAUUGAAUUUCCUUAUGUUGCAAAUGACUGAUGUGAAAUCCUAUUUUUCUC